UCUGAAGCAAGGAACCUCAUUUCUUAACUUUUUGAGAGCGAAGUGAUUCUUAGAAGAAGAGCCAUUGCAAGAAACAGAACAAAACACUCUUGGGGAAAAAUAGGAGAAGAGGAGACACAAAUGAAAUGUGGGCUGCAAUGCUGGAACUGAUGCUGUUUACCGCUCCUACUCAGAACUGAAUAUUAAAAAGGGGUUUUGAGGUCUGGAAAAGGAAGGUAUUAAGUCAUGAUGCAGGAAUCUGCGACAGAGACAAUAAGCAACAGUUCAAUGAAUCAAAAUGGAAUGAGCACUCUAAGCAGCCAAUUAGAUGCUGGCAGCAGAGAUGGAAGAUCAAGUGGUGACACGAGCACUGAAGUAAGCACAGUAGAACUGCUGCAUUUGCAACAACAGCAGGCACUGCAGGCAGCCAGACAGCUGCUUUUACAGCAACAGACAAGUGGGCUGAAAUCGCCUAAGAACAGUGAUAAACAGAGACCACUACAGGUGCCUGUGUCAGUGGCCAUGAUGACUCCCCAGGUGAUCACCCCUCAGCAAAUGCAGCAAAUUCUCCAGCAACAAGUUUUGUCUCCACAGCAACUUCAAGCACUUCUCCAGCAACAGCAAGCAGUUAUGUUACAGCAGCAACAACUUCAAGAGUUUUACAAGAAACAGCAAGAGCAGUUACAUCUUCAGCUUUUGCAGCAGCAGCAGCAACAGCAGCAGCAGCAACAACAACAGCAGCAACAGCAGCAGCAGCAACAGCAGCAGCAGCAGCAACAGCAGCAACAGCAACAGCAGCAGCAACAACAACAGCAACAACAACAGCACCCAGGAAAGCAAGCAAAAGAGCAGCAGCAGCAGCAGCAGUUGGCCGCCCAGCAGCUUGUCUUCCAGCAGCAGCUGCUCCAGAUGCAGCAACUUCAGCAGCAGCAACAUCUGCUGAAUCUUCAGCGUCAGGGACUCAUUUCCAUUCCACCUGGCCAGUCGGCUCUUCCUGUCCAGUCGCUGCCACAAGCUGGCUUAAGUCCUGCUGAGAUUCAGCAGUUAUGGAAAGAAGUUACUGGAGUUCACAGUAUGGAAGACAAUGGCAUUAAGCAUGGAGGGCUAGACCUCACUACUAACAAUUCCUCUUCUACUACCUCCUCUACCACUUCCAAAGCAUCGCCACCAAUAACUCAUCAUUCCAUUGUGAAUGGACAGUCAUCAGUUCUAAAUGCAAGACGAGACAGCUCAUCACAUGAGGAGACUGGAGCCUCUCAUACUCUAUAUGGCCAUGGAGUUUGCAAAUGGCCUGGAUGUGAAAGUAUUUGUGAAGAUUUUGGACAGUUUUUAAAGGCUACCUGUGUGAAUAUGUGGAUAAAGACUCAUCCUUUCAUGUACGUAAAUAAAAGGCACCUUAAUAAUGAACAUGCAUUGGAUGACAGAAGCACUGCUCAGUGCCGGGUGCAAAUGCAGGUGGUUCAACAAUUAGAAAUACAGCUUUCUAAAGAACGUGAACGUCUUCAGGCAAUGAUGACCCACUUGCACAUGCGACCCUCGGAGCCCAAGCCAUCUCCAAAACCUCUAAAUCUGGUGUCCAGUGUCACUAUGUCUAAGAACAUGUUGGAGACUUCCCCUCAGAGUUUACCUCAAACUCCCACUACACCAACAGCCCCAGUCACUCCAAUUACCCAGGGACCCUCAGUAAUCACCCCAGCCAGUGUACCCAACGUGGGAGCCAUUCGAAGACGACAUUCCGACAAAUACAACAUUCCCAUGUCAUCAGAAAUUGCCCCAAACUACGAAUUUUAUAAAAAUGCAGAUGUCAGACCUCCGUUUACUUAUGCAACUCUCAUAAGGCAGGCUAUCAUGGAAUCAAGUGACAGGCAGUUAACACUCAAUGAAAUUUACAGCUGGUUUACACGGACAUUUGCCUACUUCAGGCGUAAUGCAGCCACUUGGAAGAAUGCAGUACGACAUAAUCUUAGCCUGCACAAGUGUUUUGUUCGAGUAGAAAAUGUUAAAGGAGCAGUAUGGACAGUGGAUGAAGUAGAAUACCAGAAGCGAAGGUCACAAAAGAUAACGGGAAGCCCAACAUUAGUGAAAAACAUACCCACCAGCUUAGGCUAUGGAGCAGCACUUAACGCAAGCUUACAGGCUGCGCUGGCAGAGAGUAGUUUACCUUUGCUUGGUAACCCCGGAUUGAUAAACAACGCAUCCAGUGGCUUACUACAGGCAGUCCAUGAAGACCUCAAUGGUUCGCUGGAUCACAUUGACAGCAAUGGAAACAGCAGUCCAGGCUGCUCUCCUCAGCCUCACAUACACUCAAUUCACGUCAAGGAAGAGCCGGUAAUUGCUGAGGAUGAAGACUGUCCAAUGUCUUUGGUGACAACAGCGAAUCACAGUCCAGAAUUGGAAGAUGAUAGAGAAAUUGAAGAAGAGCCUUUAUCUGAAGAUCUGGAAUGAACAGAGACUUUAGAAACCUCAAAAUGAAGGGACAUAUCACUGACCUUCAGAACCACUCCACAACCAUGAAUAUUUGACAAAUUUUUACUGUGACUAUUUAUUAAGCAUGGAUAAAGGAGAACAACCCUAAAGGAACUCAUUAAGCCAGCCCUUUGGGAAUCCAGUUACAAACAGGCAAAUAGCUUGUUUUUUCUUUCUUUCUUU